AAUCAAAGCAACAACAUGUUCCACGCCAGACCUCUCAAUCAAUCCGGUGUUUUUCAAUCACCUCCUCCACAAACAACUUCCCAACAACAACAACAAACACCAUCGUGGCCACUCACUUGCAACAAGUAACCGAACAAAUCAAAAGAUAUGCCAGUGUUGCUGAUAAGGAUCUUUUGUUAGCUUGGAAUGAUGAUCAAAAUGAAUGGAUCCGUUUUGAUACUGAUUCCGAAUUUAAUGAUGCUAUGAAUCAUGCCAGACAUUUGUUAUCUGUGAAUGGUGUUUUCAAGAUCCAAGCAAAGGAAGGAAAGACUCCAAAGAAACAAACAAAUCCUGUUGUUGAACAAACAAUUGUUGUUGAGCAAAAGCCAAUUCAACCUCCUGUAACACAACCUAUUGUUCAACCAAUUCAACCUGUAAAGCCACCUGUAACUCAAUCACCAUUUGUUCAACCUCAACCUCCUGUAACACAAUCACCAUUUAUUCAACCAGUUCAACCUGUAAAUCCAUAUCCUUUCCAACCAAUGUAUCCACAACAACCACAACAACCUUCAAUUAGACCAGUUCAACCACCAGUUAUGGCAUUUGGAUCCACUCAACCACAAUUGCAACCAUUUGCUAUGAAUCAACCAAUGACUCAAGCAAGUGGAGUUCCUCGUAAUGUUUCACCAUUAGUUGCCACUACAACUCCAACAAAGACAUUGACUAAUAGUGUCACUAUGCAACAACCACAUCCACUCAAUUCUAGCUUUAGCUCACCAAGUGUUACAUCUCAAUCACCAGUUCAACAACCACCAGUUGUAAAUCAACCACCAUUAGUAUCACAACCUGUUCAACCACAACAAUCAAAUGUUGAUCCACACAGUCUUGCCACAUUACGUAGUUUUGGAUUCCCAGUCGAUGACAGUGUUUUAAUCAAAGUUUUGCAAGAAACUAAUGGUGACAUUAACGCUGCUGUCACUAAAAUGUUAGAACAAUAAAUUAUUACUUUGUAUUC